AUGAGUGACUUAGAAAGUGACGUGGGUUCAGAGAUAUCAUCCUCUGACGACGAUGAAGUGCUAAUAUAUGGAAAUCCUCGAACUAAAAAUAAUAACUUUUUUGGUUCUGAUCACAUUAUGGGUCACAAAACAGCUAGUUUCCGUGAUGUGGCCGAUAGGUUUAACAUAACCAUAAGCUCUUUGUACAGAAUAAUACGUCGAGUAAUUUUCUGUUUGAGCAAUAUGUCGCCAGUAAUUAUUACAUGGCCGACAGAUGAAGAAAAACCAGUAAGUGAGGAUUAUUUUCGAGCACAUGGAUUUCCAAGAGUGAUUGGUUCAAUCGAUGGAUCCCAUAUUAGAAUAGAUAAACCUAAUGAUGACAAUGACUCGUAUAUAAAUAGGAAAAGUUAUUAUUCAAUACAAAUGCAAGCAGUAUGUGAUCAUAGGAAAAAAAUAAUAGAUCUAUUCGUGGGAUAUCCGGGCUCUGUCCAUGACAGUAGAGUUUUUAGGAACCCUUCCUUCUAUCGAACCAUGGAAGAGAAAUGUGGAAAUUAUUUUAUAUUAGCAGAUAGUGGGUACCCUUUGACAACACAUGUUUUAACACCUUUUAGAGAUAGGGGUCAAUUAAAUGAUAGACAGUUAAAUUAUAACAUAAAACUUUGCAGAAAUAGAUACGUCAUAGAACACUGCUGUGGCAUGUUAAAACAAAAAUUUAGACAGUUGUACCACAUCAAGAUAAGGGAUAUACGGUUCAUAGUCCAUAUGAUUAGGGCAAGUUGUGUUUUACACAAUAUUGCUUUAGAUGAUGGAAUUGAUUGGCAAGAAGACAUCCCUGCACUCGUGCCUGUGUAUCAAGUAAAUGAAGAUGAGGUUGGUGACAAUAUAAAUGAUGAAGACGAUAGAAAUGCUCAAGAUAUUAGACGCAUGAUUGUUGAAAUGUUACCAAUGUAG